CUAAUCGGCUUGCCGUGCAUGUCAGCAGCAUGUGCAUAAACUAAAGUAAAUAUAUAGUAAUAAUUUUAUUUUAUACACACAGAUCUACAUUUUCUGAGAUUUUGGGAAACCGCGUAAUUUAUUGCUGGUGAACAUGUACAUGGCAGCUUGGAUCUUGAACUUUACAUUGUAUUGUAUAUAUAUUCAGUGUUCGGUCGUAAAAAGUGUGUUUUGUGACGAAUGGUCGUACGGGAAUACCAAAAGGUGGAAAGAGUUGUGGAAAGACUGUGGGGGAAAGCAUCAAAGUCCUGUCAAUAUCAUAGAUGCUGAAGCAGUAACUUUGAGAAAGAGAAUUGCACUCACUUUUAACAAUUUUAGUACAUCGCUAAGUGCUAGUUUGGUAAAUAAUGGCAAGACUGCAAAACUUACACUGCUUUCUAAAAGCAAAUUGUCAGUGUCUGGCAACAGAUUGUAUAUAAAAAGUUUGUAUACACUAGAUGAAGUACACUUUCACUGGAACGAUAAUCUACACUCUGGCUCAGAACACAAAAUAGAUGGCAAAAGUUCAUCUUUAGAAGUACAUAUGGUUCAUUAUAAAAUGGAUUAUGCAAGUUUUAAAACUGCUAGAACCAAACCUGACGGUGUUUUAGUUUUAUCCAUAUUAGUUGAUGUUUCAACAAAUGUUUCCCAAAACUCAUUCUGGAAGGAAAUUACAGAUGGUGUAACAAUGGUGAUGGAUCCAGGUUCAAAAACACAACUUCAAAAUGUCAGGUUUAGUGACUUUUUGCCUCGUAAUACAGAUGAUUUUUACUUCUACAAAGGUUCUUUCACUACACCACCUUGUUUUGAGACUGUCACAUGGAUUUUGUUUAAAGAAAAACUUCUAAUUCCAGAGGAGUAUCUACAGAAAUUUUGGGAUUUAAAAACAAAUGGUAGUGCUGGUCAGGAGUUGCUUACUUCAAAUAUCAGACCAGUUAGGCCUUUAAACUCAAGGACAGUUCUGAAGACAUUUCAAUCCCAUGCUGGUGAGGAUGAAAAGAAACAUGUGUAUGAGAAAGUUGUUAAUGGCGUGGAAGUGAUUGGUAUUCUACAAUUUUACCAGUGCAAUGUCCCAUUUUCAGUCAGUCUGUCUGUCAUAAUUCCUUCAUCAGAUGUUUCAUGGAGAAGUGAGAAUAUCACAUUGGAUAUACAAUGGCCAGGACUUCUGCUUGAUGCUGCAAAAUCAUAUAGGAUUACUCUUGAAAUGCACGAUCAUCCAGAAGGCAAAUAUAGGAAUAAUGUACACCUGGAUGUACAGUUGAAUGGUGUUAAAAUAAUUAAUAGCUACUAUCACUUGAGCAAAAGUUGCUUGCAAGACUCCUGCUCCUGGGCACCCGUUGGAAAGAGUAAGACUUGUACUCGCCGAUUAAUUGAUACGGAUGAAGAGUUACAAUUUACAUUAACCAGGCAGCAACAAUGUCGCAAUGUAUAUAGUAUUACAAUAAAAAAAUAUGAUAGCGUCGUCUUUAAGACGGAGAUGAAACCAAAAACCCGAGUGAAAGUCAAACCACACGCAGUUGACCAACGACUGAACGAGAUUUUUAGUCGAUGGUAUUUUAUACUUGAUGAAGCUUAUGCCAAUGAUAGCACCAUUCACGCAAUGCUUUCUGUAGAUCUUCCAAAUUCAAUUCUCAGCCGUAAAGGAAUUUUGGUGGAAGGUGUAUAUCAGAAUGGGGCAAACUGCGAGUCUGGCACACCAAGUCAUAUAAAGUUAAUUGUUGGAAUUGCAGUUGGCUUGUUCAUAAUCAUUGCUGUUAUCGUUCUUACACUUUAUUUGGCGUUCAAAAAUAUUAUAAAGAGUUCGAAACCAAACAUGUUAGUUCAAGAGGAUGAACUGGAUACUGCUGUUUAAAUAGUCAAACUUACAUAAACUAUUUUCUCGACGCGACGUUGUUUGAAUACAUUUGUGGGGGUUUUUCUGUGCUAAAAUGGUCUUGGUUUACGAUACAGACUCUAGCCUGUAGAAUGUUCGAAAAGAUGACUUAGAAAUGAUACUAUAGUCGUAAUGCAUGUGUUUGUAAAUUGCAGAAGCAGACGUUUCGCGAAGGUUUAUAUACAUAUAUAUUCUAUAUUUAUUAAGAUAUGAUUGCAUUGAAUGGUCAUAGUUAAAACGUCAAACAAUU